CUCGACAGGGUGUAAAAACGCCUCGCAUUGACUGUGGAAACGUCGAGAAUAUCCCCCUCCCCCUCGUUGUCGCCGAAGUGGUCUCGAAUGAGCGAAAGAGAGAGAGAGAGAGAGAGAGACCUCACCCAGUUUGUUAUGGCGCAGCAACACUUAUUUGAAGCUCUGUCCUUUGUGUGUGUGACGAGAAGCCAUUUUGAGAGCCUGCUGAACUCUUUUAAAAACCUACACGCCACCCCAUGGCUUUUGGACCAAAAAGGGGUGGAAAACAGAAUAGUCCCAAGAUUUCUCCCCCUCACCCCCAUAAGACUCAGGUUUAAAGGCUUGGAUUACAUAUUUUUGAAUACCAGCUGGAGAGAGAUGCUUUGCAUAUUGCCCCAAAAACAGAUGAUGGUUGAAGAUGCAUUACUCGCUGACUGGGAGGAUGACCUUUCCCCAUCCCUCAUUAAUGACAUUAUUAGAGGAUCCCAAAGAUGGAAGCUGGAAUCCUGUCGCCUCUGCAUUUCAAGGCCUGUUUUUACUGCAUUUCACCAAAGUAUUAUAUGGGUGUGCCCGUGACCAAGUUAAGACAAAGAUGGAUUCCAGGCAGAGGAAAAAAGGCUCAAAAUGUCACAGGACAAAAAUCCCCUCGAUCGGACCAGCCAUGUCCAAGCCGGGGGAGCGAAACAAAUUGCACGAAGACCAUGGCAGAAAGCAGAGUUCAACGCUGGCCAACGGCACCGACAGUCACCCGGUGUGCGGCUCGGCGGAGAAGCGGAGUCACCACUGGAGAAGUUACAAGUUGAUAAUCGACCCGGCGCUCAAGAAGGGCUCGCACAAGGUCUACCGCUACGAUGGACACACGUUCAGCAUGCCCAACCCGGGGAUACCACCGGUGGACGUCGUACGAGACCCAAGAAUCGGACGUCUUUGGACCAAGUAUAAAGAAACUGACUUGCCUGUGCCCAAAUUUAAGAUCGACGAGUGCUACAUCGGCCCCGUGCCUCCAAAGGAGGUGACGUUUGCCCGUCUGAACGACAACAUCAGGGAGGGCUUCCUCACCGACAUGUGCAAGAAGUUCGGGGACAUCGAGGAGGUGGAGAUCCUCUACAACCCCAAGAACAAGAAGCACCUGGGCAUUGCUAAAGUGGUCUUUGAGAGCGUCAAAGCCGCUAAGGUGGCCGUGCAGUCGCUGCACAACACGUCCGUGAUGGGGAAUAUCAUUCAUGUGGAGCUUGACCCCAAAGGUGAGAAUCGCCUUAGGUACUUCCAGCUCCUGAUGAAUGGCAGCUACACUCCGCGGACUCUGCCUGUCGGCACGGAGGAAGCACGGGAAGUCUCUCCUCGUAGCCUGGCUGAAGCCUUACUGGCAUACGAGCCAAUCCGCAGGUUAUCUGAAAGCGGCUUGUCUGCAGUGUCAGGACCGGUGCCGCCCAGCAGUAGCAGUUCCACCACACCGCUGUCCCUGGAGACAGGCUACUCUAGCCUAAGGCAGGACACGCCCCAGUCCCAGGGGACCCCACGCCAGGCAGGCACGCCCUUCUCUCAAGACUCCAGCUACUCCAGUCGUCAGUCCACGCCCGCGUACCAGUCCAGCCGGGCAGAGAGUUCCGGAGGCUACAAGUCCCGGAGACACGAGAGCAAGUUCCAGGAUGCGUACAACCGCAGACCCGAGAGGCCUCAGUAUCGUAGCAACAUGUAUCGGAGUACGUCAUCUGAACAAGCGCCCUUUAAACAGCAGCAUCUCACUCCUCCGGAACCACCGCCAACGACCCCCUCUUUCACCUACACAGCACCUCCCCCUGCUACCCCAAACUUUAAGUCAGCUUUCUCGCCCUACCAGGCUCCCUUGCCACCAGCUUUCCCAGCAUCGGAACCUACGUUUCAUCACCCAGCCCAAAGGGAGGGUGAGUACCACCGACCCCCACAGCCGCCCCUGGUAGCUCCUACUGACUUUCUGCCCGUUAAGGAUAGACCGGAAACGCCUCCCAUCCCAGAGCCCCCGCCCGAACCUGGACCCCAACCAACCACGCCACCUCCUCAAACACCCGAGCACUGCCCCUCUCCCGGUUCCCCGGCCCCGGAUCCAGAGCGCAAUAGCCUGGACUCCCGUAUUGAGAUGCUCCUCAAGGAGAAAAGGACUAAACUGCUGCCCUUCCUGGCGGAGCAAGUCUCGGACACUGAGGUGCGAAUGGAGGGAAGUCCCAUUUCUUCCUCGUCCUCACAGCUCUCCCCCAUUCCCCCAUACACCGGUGGGACGCAAAACUCCCGUCCCUGUAGCACAGGCUUGGAGGAUAUCAGUCCGACCCCGCUGCCGGAUUCGGACGAGGACGAGCCGAUCCUUGGGACUGCCUCGCUGGUCAAGAGAAUCGUCUCUCCUGUCCGCGAGAAGAUUAGCAACAGUGAGGUGAAAGACGAAAAUCCUCGGAGCCACUCGGAAACUGACAAAAUGGACACGAGUCAUCAGUCGUCGGGAGAAGACAUGGAGAUCUCAGACGACGAGAUGCCCGGCACUCCAAUCACCAGUGGCGAUUGUAGCAAAGGCAUUGUCGUAAACUCCGCCGUGUCCCCCCUCCAGACCCUAGCCCUCCAUCCCCCCGGGUUUCCCCACCUCGCCCACCAGGCCGGCUUCGCCAUCCCACAUCACCACCUUGCUCCCCACUCGGCUGUGCCGGGGCACCACCUCGCCGCUCAUCCUGGCGUACACCCGCACAUGCUGCCACAUAUGGCUCACUACCCGCCAAGCAUGAUUCCGCUGGUGCAAAUGGAAUUAAUGAGCUGUUUGCGGUGGGAACAGUGGAGUACAGUCCCCAUGUCCUUUCAGAUGCAGCAGCAGAUGUUGAGUCGCAUGGCUCAGACGCGUGGCCCUUAUCCCUAUCCACAUUUUCUGGAUAGCGCUGUGUCCGGGCCAUUUGCGGGACCCUAUCCGCAUUUGUCCAUGGGGACUGCGCAUGGUGCAGCAGGGGCUCCCGGACAGCAGUGGCAGCAUCACAGUAUGCCUAAGUUCAACCCAACUGUCCCUCCUCCUGGGUAUGAAACUAAAAAGGAGGAUCCCCACAAGGCCACUAUCGACGGUGUCCUUCAGGUCAUUGUCAAAGAACUGAAGGCUAUCAUGAAGAGGGACCUCAACCGUAAAAUGGUGGAGGUGGUCGCUUUCAGAGCCUUUGAUGAAUGGUGGGAGAAGAAGGAACGCUCAGCAAAGGCGUCCUUGACUCCAAUCAAAGGUGCUGAGGGGAAAGAAGAAGAAAGACCUAAGCCUAAAGAGACGAUAGGUUCAAGCCUGCUCGAGAACUGGAACAAGGGCGAGGGGCUUGGCUACGAGGGAAUGGGCCUGGGAAUUGGUUUGCGAGGAGCCAUCCGGUUGCCGUCCUUCAAGGUCAAAAGGAAGGACCCACCUGAGGCCAUCACUGCGGGGGAAAACAAACGGGCGCGACCCUCCACUCCAGUGGAAGACGAGCUGGAGGAUGAAGACCGGGAGCGAGACCCGGCGGAGCUCCCCUUAGACGACACCAAAAUGGGCGGCGAUAGUAUCUCGGCCAAACGGAGACACUCGCGCCCACUGGAGCUGGACAGCGAGGGCGAGGAGGAAGUGGACACCUCUGGGAAAGAGGAGGAGUCACUUGGCGACAGAGAAGAGGAGCCCGAUGAAAGAGAGCCCGCUGACCGGCUGUCGCCAAGCAAAAGCGGCGAGGAGGGGGGCGGUAGAGAAUCAUCCAGUGGGAGUGCAUCGUCAGACUCCUCAGAUGAUGAGUCCACAAGUUCAUCCUCCAAAAGCAGCUCAGACUCCUCGUCGGAGAGCUCAGAGUCUUCGGAGUAUGAGUUGAGUUCAGAAGAAGAGGACUCUGAGGUGGAAGUCGAAGAUGAGGAUGAUGGCAAAGUGUCCAAGAGCUCCUCGUCUUCGUCGUCUUCUUCGUCCUCGUCCUCUGAUCAAGAAGAAGGGGAGGCAGACUCCAAGCCGCCUAGUCCUCCUGCGGAGGCAACCACAAACUCUAUGGAGGAGCUAAGACCUCCAAGACAUGAGGAAGAGGUACCAGAGAACGUGAAGCCACCUUCACCUAAAGGUGUUCCAGUCCUAAAGGAAGCCAUCAGUGGAGUUUGUCCAGUGAAGUCAGAACCUCAGGAGAACUUACGGCCACUCACGCCAACAGGUGGCCUGCUUGACAUCAACCAGGAGAGCAAACCCAAAGGUAAAGCAGAGCCUCAGGAAAUUGCCCCCCAGCUGGGCCGUUUAGCCCCCUCCCACCUUGAUUCCAAAACAGCCACACCUAGAUCCACCUCUGCCUCUUUAAUGCACCUCCCUCUCCCGCCUCACCCGACAGUAGAAGGUCGCUCCCUCCUCCACCCGCCUUCCGCUCCUCUGCCAGACUUCCCUCAGCGAGCUCGGCUCCCCACGGACGAGGACAUUCCCCGAACGCCUGGCAGGGACCUGAUGGACAGGGCCAGGAGUCUGGGCAAGUCUCAGAGCACGGACACAGUGCCCAACACCCCAGGUAGUGACGCCCCGCUGACGGGGAGCAGCCUGAUGCUCAGCUCCCCUCACAUUCCUGGUAGUCCCUUUUCCUACCCUGCACAGUCUCCUGUCCUUAGCGCUGGAGUCCCUCGCACUCCUGGUAGAGACUUAACCUUCACCCCUGUCUUCCCCGACCCCUCAGCACUUCCCCUUAAUCGGAAGAUUUCCUCUGACAGCCUGGACGAUAGGCCUCCGUUUAAGGAGCCGCCCAUCAGCCUGUUACCUAACCAAGCCUCAUCAACAGGUACCGAGCCUGAAGGCAGCCUAUCAGAAGAGCUUCCCGUCGGCUUCACAGGGGAGGAUUCCGAUGUUUUCGACUGCAUCUCCUCUAAGCGUAAACCUGGACGACCCAAAGGCAAAAAGAUCCCUGCCGUCUCGGUCUCAGCAGCUGAUGAGUCUUUGGAGCUGUCGCCUGAAUUGACAUCUUUAGCCGACAACGCGCACAUCCGAGACCUUGCCAUGCAGAAGAUGUCCUCCAAGUCUCCAGAUCGCCCCAGUCCAGACUUGAGGGCAGGGGAACGUAAGACAGUGCUGCCUGAGGCUGAAGACGGAUUCCUCUCCUACGAAGACGACACUCCCGUGCCCAUAAAGCCCGCUCGGAGGGCACGGCGCAACUGGGAGGAGCUGUUGCUCGACAGCCUGUCACCCGUCACCACGCCACCGCGGUCGUAUUUCUCGCGACGCAGCGACUUUGAGGAGAUGACCAUCUUGUACGACAUCUGGAACGAAGGCAUUGACGAGGAGGACGUACGGCUGCUGCAGGUCACUUACGACAAGAUGCUGCAACAGGAUAACGGCAACGACUGGCUCAACGACACGCUCUGGGUCAACCAUCCUCCCACCAACAUCCCCCGCGUUAAGAAGAAGAGGCGGGACGACGGUAUGAGGGAUCACAUGACCGGCUGUGCCAGAAGCGAGGGAUACUACAAGAUCGACAAGAAGGACAAGAUCAAGUACCUUCAGAGCACCCGGCUGCAGUCGGAGGAGCCGCCCAUAGACACACAGGGUAUGAGCAUUCCCGCACAAGUGCAUGCCUCCACCAGGGCGGGAUCAGAGCGGCGGUCCGAGCAGCGGCGCCUGCUGUCGUCAUUUGCAUGCGACAGCGACCUGUUGAAAUUCAACCAGCUGAAGUUCCGUAAGAAGAAGAUCCGAUUUUGCAAGUCUCACAUCCAUGACUGGGGUUUGUUUGCCUUGGAACCCAUCGCCGCAGAUGAGAUGGUCAUAGAAUACGUGGGACAAAACAUCAGACAGGUGAUUGCGGACAUGCGCGAGAAGCGCUAUGAGGACGAGGGCAUCGGCAGCAGCUACAUGUUCCGUGUGGACCACGACACCAUCAUCGACGCCACCAAAUGCGGCAACUUUGCGCGCUUCAUCAACCACAGCUGCAACCCUAACUGUUACGCGAAGGUCAUCACCGUGGAGGCGCAAAAGAAGAUUGUGAUCUACUCGAGACAGCCCAUCAAUGUCAACGAGGAGAUCACGUACGACUACAAGUUCCCCAUCGAGGACGAGAAGAUCCCCUGCCUUUGCGGCGCAGAGAACUGCCGGGGGACGCUCAAUUAAGGCCGGAGGCUGUGGCGAGAGCGUCUUUUUACUGCACUCAUCACACGUUGAUUGUUUACGAUUUAUGGUGCUGUUCAGUCGACAUGUUUUUUUUUUUAUUUUUAUUUUUUUACUUUUAACAUCGCCUACUCACCCCGGUAUUCCAGCUCUGCAACUUUUGCCACAUGUGCAGCUGCUUCCUUGACACAAAAAGGAUGGAAGAAAAGGCAAAACACGCCUCUCUUGCUUCUGCCUCUGGAAUAAUUCAUCACACGAAUCAACUAGAAUGACCUCUCAAGGGCAACGCCCCCCCAAUAUGGAUCAUUAUCAACUUUGUUCCCAGAUUUUACAGAAGCUCCACAACAAAUUUCACAAGUGAGAGGACAAAAACACACAAAUCCUUCAAUGUUAAAACCAACAACUAUCACUUCAUGUAUUGAUAUUGAUGCAGAAGUAAUGCAUUUUAUCCAGUUAUAGUGUUCUCUUCCAGAGUAUUUAUGGGCACAUAAGUGUUCCAGAAUGUGCAAUGCAGCGCCCCCUGUAGGCUGCAGUUCACAGGCAAUCGUAGUAAUCCAGAAAAAGAAAUUAAGCUUGAAGUGCUUGUGAGCUGACUUCAUCUUGUAUUAUUACUACUCAGUGUUUAGUGACAAAACAAAUCAUCAAGGCACUUACGCUUUAUCGCCCCCUCCACUUUACUUUUCAUCUGGUUGCUUUAACAAUAAUUUAGUUUUUUUUCUUAUCCAGUGAUGUGAAUAUUGUAUACUUGUACAAAAGAUCUACAAGCUUUUUUUUCUUUCUUUUUUUUUUUUACACUGUCAUGGGGUCACACUUUUAAGAUUUCUUUUCUAGUAAAAGACUGAAUAUAAAAAAAAAUCAGGGAAUUUAAAAGGAAUGAAUUUAUUUAAGGUAAAAGAAAAGAACAAAAAAGAGGAAAGAACGAAAGUCCACAGUGUGCAGGAAGUCAACAUCUCCCCCUUUUGGAAAGAUUGUUUCUUGUAGAAACGUCUUCUCUUAAUUGUCCAUCUUGCUUUGUAAUUCUCUUUAAUGUGUGUACAUAAGCUAACUGUGAAUAUUAUAUAAAUAUAUAUAUUUUUGUUCCCCAGGGAUUUGCUACACACAUCAAGAGCUCCGAGAGCUGUGUAACAAUAUGAUUGCGAGCAGUGAGCUUGUAGCAGGACUAUUUUCAGCUUGUGUCAAGCUUUUGUUUUGUUAGGUUUAUUUGUAUUGUAAAUUCUAUGAAAAGUUGUUUUGUGGUGUGGAGAGAAAGAAAAAGUGCAUAAUCGGCAAAGGAAGAGGAGUGAACAAUCAGCCUGCUCCUCUUUGUCUAUUUAUUACAUAACAAAUGUAUGAAAAUGUUCAACAUGGAAAUAAAGCAGUUUUGCA